AUGAUGAGUUUCAACAAUUUCAUACCAGAUAAUCCUUCACCUUUGAGUUCUGAUUAUAGUAAACGAAUACAGCGUGAAGAUUAUGAGGUUCCCCAACAACCACAACUAUCCAUUCCUCAAGUUCCCCACAGUCCAGCAACUCCUCCAAAGAAGAUUAUUGAUGACAAACUAGAUUAUGAUGAAUCAGAUGAUAAUAAUAAUGUUGCUGAUGAUCAUAUAAAUUCUUCCAACUACUUUUUAUUAGAAAGUUUGGAGUUGAAAGAGUUCCCCCUUUUCAAACAAGCUCCUAAUUCAUUCUAUAAUAAGAUCAUUUCAAAUUUGAAACUUGUGACCUAUCACCCCCAAAGUUAUAUAGUUAAAAUGGGUGACCCUUCUAAAUCGAUGUAUUGGAUUUUAAAAGGUACUGUGUCUAUAGCGAGUUCCGAUGGAGAUUCGGUUUAUAAUGAAUUAUCUUCAGGACAAUUUUUUGGUGAAAUUGGGAUUUUAUUCAAUAGACCAAGAACUGCUAAUGUUAUAGCUAAAACUAAAGUUUUGGUAGGUGUUUUAACAUCUAAGGAUUUUAAUCAUGUGCUUAGAUCUUUCCCUUUAAUGGAAAGACGUAUAAGAGAUGAAGCUCAAGAAAGAUUAGCAAUGUUGGAAAAAAUCUCCAAACAUUCGAAUAUUUUACCUCCAAUUUUACCAUUAAAUGGUAAAAAAAUUGAUGAUGAUAAUAAUGAUAACUUAGAUUCAUCAAUUUCAAUUCAAAGAUUCUUGAAAAAUCUCCCGAUUUUUCAAAAUUUACCAUCAAACAUUAUUCAUAAAAUCGCUCUUGGGGCUGAACCUAUAAAAUUCAAAUCUUUCCAAUAUAUUCUUCAAUUCGGAGAUAUCGGAUCAGAUAUUUAUUUCAUUAUUAAUGGACAAGUUGAAGUAUUAAAUGAAGAAGAAAAAAUUUUGGCUAAAUUAAACAAUGGGAAUUAUUUUGGUGAAAUGUCAUUUUUAAACUUUUUGAAGAAUAAUUCAAAUUUUAAGCGAUCCGCUAGUGUUCGUUCCAUUACCAAUGUGGAAUUAAUUGUUAUUAAAUCCAAUUUAUUAAAGAAAUUAUGUAAAGAAUACCCUUUCUUGAUUGAUCAUAUGAAAAGAACCAGCGAAACUCGUAAUCAAAUCAAUAAUUCCCCAGAAGUUGAUGAAGAAUUCAAUAGUUUUAAGAAUUAUGAGUUUAAAUUUGAUUUUAAACCUCUUCAUUCAAGAAGUGUUAGUCCAGUUACAACUGUGGAUGAAGAGAUUUUCGAAAAACCGUAUAGUCCAGGACCAAUUCUUCAUUCAGUUAAUCCACCAAAUUUGGCUGGUCCAAGUUUGGUAGGUUCAAGUUCAUUAAAUUCCAUUUUAAAUCCGAUACCAACAAUCAAAAGAAGACCUUCACAAUUCAGUUUACCUAAUGAUCAAUUGGAUUAUAUUCCUCAUAAUAAGAGAUUAAAGUUACAAUCAAUAGGUAGAAGAAAAUCUUCAGUUUUAGCCAAUACUGGUCCUUUAACUGAUCAAUUAUUAAUAAUGAUUUUCGAAUAUUUAGAUGUGGUUACUUUGAUGAAAUUGAGAUCAGUGCUGAAAAGAUGGAGACAAUUACUUUAUAUAUCUCCAAACUUAUGUAAAAAUCUUGAUCUACGUCCAUGGAAUAAUAUUAUUGGUGAUGAAAUUCUCAUCAGUAUUACGAAAUUUGUUGGCAAUAGACCAGAAUUUAUCGAUAUAUCUAACUGUUUCCAUAUCACCGAUGAAGGAUUUAGUUAUAUGAUCAAUGAAAUCGGAAUUAGUGGUAAUCUCAAAUCAGUCAAAUUGAAAUCUAAUUGGGAAAUUAGUGCUAUGGCCAUCAUGGAUUUAAGUGUUCGAAGUGUAGGAAAAUCCCUCCAAGAAAUCGAUUUAUCUAAUUGUAGAAAAGUUAGAGAUAAUGUCAUUGAAAGGUUGAUUGGUUGGGAUAAUGAUGAAGAAAUCGGUUGUAAACAAUUAACUCGACUUAAUUUGGGUUAUUGUAAACAUUUAACUGAUAAUGUCAUGUAUCAUAUUAGUGAUCAUUGUAAUCAAAGAUUAACUCAUUUAGAUUUAACUAGAUGUACUACUAUCACUGAUAAAGGGUUUGAAUAUUGGACUUAUAAGUUCUUUCCUAAUUUGACAUCUUUAUCAUUAAAAGAUUGUACAUUUCUUACUGAUAAAUCCAUCAUAUCCAUUGCUAAUUCUGUUCCCAAUUUAACUAGCUUGAAUCUUAACUUUUGCUGUUCUUUAACUGAUAUUUCCAUUGAAGUAUUAUGUAUAGGAUGUCAGAAUUUGAAAUUCUUGGAUUUAUCCUUCUGUGGAUCAGCUGUUAGUGAUUCUUCAUUAUUAACCAUUUCUUUAAAUUUGAAGAAUUUAGAAUCUUUGAUCUUAACUGGUUGUAUAAGAGUAACUAGAGCUGGUAUCGAUUCAUUAUUAUCAUCAGAUUCUCCCUUGUCUUACUUAAAUGUCAGUCAAUGUAAGAAUAGUGAUAUUUACCCAGGAUCCAUCCCAGCCCAAAAAUUGAAUAUCAAUCCUAAAACAAAAUCUGCUUUUGUCAAAGCUGGUGCCUUUGAUAAGAUCAUUGAAAUUGUUAUUUAA